CCGCCGCAUCACGCCGCAGCAAAACACGCACGCCGCCGCCGCCCGCCCGCCCGCAACGAGGACACGGCAAGCCCACCUGCGGCCUGCCAAAGGCUAGCCGGCGAGCUUUCGCUUCUGCUCCCCAUCCCCGCCUCCGCCUCUUAGCGCGGCAGACUCUGCGCGGGCGACGCCGCAACCCGCCGGGACCUCCUCAUCCUCGUCCUAUUGCUACUACCGGCGUCCGCCGUCCUCCAGUCCCCCACGACCUCCGGGAGCUGCGGGAGGGCUUGUAUGAUACAGGUAUUUUCAGGGAUAACAGCAAGAAACUUUCAUAGAACCAUACAUGCAUCUAAUCUGUAUAGUAUAAGCUUUCGGCACAAAGAAUUAUUUUGCUGGAAGCCGACGUGUCAACAUAUUACCACCAACAAUUCAAUGAGGCCAAAUGAUUUGAUUGGGGCUCAGGACAGGGUGCCUGCUGAAGGAAACUGCAAUUGCUCCUCAAGUGUUCAGUCCACUCCAGAAAUUGAGAAGAAGUAUGUGCAUCGUGUCUAUGAUGCCAUAGCUCCUCAUUUUAGCGCAACUAGAUUUGCUAAAUGGCCCAAGGUUGCAGAAUUCUUGAAUUCCCUGAGGUCAGGGUCGGUUGUACUGGAUGCUGGCUGUGGUAAUGGCAAGUAUUUGGGCUUCAACCCUGAUUGUUUCUUCAUAGGAUGUGAUAUAAGCUCUCCACUUAUUGAGAUAUGUGCUGGGAGAGGACAUGAGGUGUUGGUCGCUGAUGCUGUCAACCUCCCAUACAGGGAUAAUUUUGGUGAUGCAGCGAUUUCAAUUGCAGUGUUGCAUCAUUUAAGUACUGAUGAUAGGCGGAGGAAGGCCAUAGAAGAGCUAAUCCGUGUUGUCCGGAGAGGUGGUCUUGUGCUCAUCACAGUCUGGGCUAGGGAGCAGGAAGACAAGUCAUUGCUCAACAAGUGGACUCCCCUCUAUGAGAAGUACACUGAAGAGUGGGUUGAUCAGAGCAGUCCUCCAGUACGUAGUCAAUCUGCAACUCUUCUGGAAAGCAUUGCAGAAACUGAUGAAGAUGCUGGUGUAAUGAAGCAAGCAGAUGAUCGAUUGAAAAAAAAUCAUGAUGGUGUUGAGGAUAAGACCAUUACAGCCUGUAGUAAUUCAAAUGCUGAUGAGAAUGAGAAAAACCAGCAGGAAUACUUUGUUCCAUGGCAUCUACCAUUUCACCGAGCUGAAAUCAGUGGUGCAUCUGCUGCUGCUCUUGAGAACGGAUUUGCAAAGAAAGAUGAGAAGAAGGGCACGGUGGUCUACAAUCGUUAUUAUCAUGUCUUUGUUGAAGGAGAACUUCAAAGAUUAGUCUCUGGAAUAAAGAGUGCUGCUAUUGUUGACCAGUUCUAUGACAAAUCCAACUGGUGCAUUGUUCUCGAGAAGCUUUGAGCUGCAGGGAAAGGGAUGGCAGAAGAAGUCAUUUGAAGCUGGUAUUUAUGGAACCUCAGUGGUAGGCGAGCUCACUGUUUUGAGCUCGAAAUGUAUGAGGCUGACGCAAGCAACCUUUUGUUCGAUACUUCAUGAGUGUUUGCCUGUUCAGCAUCGCAAUUUUUAAGUCUUAUCUUACGUCAGAUUGCCCAGUAUUUAGAGGGCCAUCUGGACUUGUAGAAAUUUUGCUGUCGUUCUUAUUGACUUUGUGAAUGAUUGCUCUUACUGUUUUGAUAUGAGUUUCGGUUGUUUUACGUAAAA